AUGAGAGUUUUUCUUGUUGUCUUGUUGUUGCUCGCCACUUCUGUCAAUGGUCAAAUACCACCACCUAUUGCUGGACGGUGCAGCAGAUUUGAAGAAGGUCGAAUCUUGAUCCGCCGCUAUUUCCUAUACUAUUGGGGAGUUUGUCACGAACAAUUGAUCUAUAGAUGUGGAAAUCGUCCAAAUGAGCCAAAAGAAAGUCGAGAUUUCUGUUUGCAUACCAUGUAA